AUGAAGAAAGAACAAAUUAGACAACAACUCUAAGAAUAAAACGCUGCUGCUGCUUAAGCAAAAAUUGAAAGAAGAAAUCGUAAAAUAAAAAAAAUUUCUCCUAAAUUACAAUAAAAGCUUUGCCGCUCCUUAUAAAGUUAUAUUCGCUCUAGCUCUUUCUAGCCUUGCUAAAUUGAAUCUAUGAAAUUAAAUCUUUUCUUAGCAGCUUAAAAAUCUAAAGAAUAGCUUGAAAAUGAGCUAGAAUAAAAUCGUGUCGAAAUUAACGAAUGUACUAAAAAAUCUGACCUUGUAUGCAGAGUAGCUCAUGGGCGUACUUUCGGUAAAAUUGUAAAAAAGUGCCCCACCUGUCGUACAGGCUAACUUCAACUAGAAAUUGAAGAAGGAAGGUACAUUUGCUAAUACGACGAUAGCCUAAACUGCUACCCAUAAUAAAACUGCGGAUUAGCCUAUGAUUUUUCUGAAAUAGAACACAUAAACUGGAUUAAUUCUAAUUGA